AUGGCAGCAAAAUACUCCGACCGUGCUUAUUUACGGCCGCAGGGCUUUGAGCGGUCUGCUCAUAUUGGCGCUGACUGGCGAUCUGGUACAAAGGCCAUGGUCAUCAAGUCUGUCCCGAUGGACGAUGCGAACAUAAUUGUGUUCGCCAUUCGCGGUACAUCUGACUUCAUGGACUGGGCUGUCAACUUGAACAUGGCACCGACAUCCCCGGCCGGAUUUCUGGACGACCCGGGGAAUCUUUGCCAUGCCGGGUUCCUUUCAGUGGCUCGGAAGAUGAUCCGUCCAGUUGCUGCACGGCUCCGUCGACUUUUGGAAGAGGACCCUAGCCGUACCUCCUACUCUCUGCUCAUGACGGGCCAUUCAGCUGGGGGUGCUGUGGCCUCACUACUCUAUGCACAUAUGGCUGCUUUCGCCGAAUCCACUGCAUCACUUUUGGUGCACCGUUGA